CUUUCUAGGAGUUUCAUUCUUUAUAUGACAAGCGUUUGGGUUGGACUCAUAUAUAGUGUCAAUAUUAUUUUCCCUAAAUAUAUAAUUUCUCAAAAUGGAUAUAAAGUCUUUUCUGUUUUCAUAUUGUGCCAAGAAUCAAACAGAUCCCAAGUUCGAAGUGCGGCCUAUCGGACCCAAACACCGCCAACGUUUUCUGUGCGAAGUACGCGUCGAUCAGUGUCCUUACGUGGCCGUUGGCAAUUCUACUAACAAAAAGGAUGCCGAGAAGAACGCCUCACGGGAUUUUGUUAACUAUUUGGUGCGCGUUGGCAAGCUAAAUGCAAAAGAUGUGCCGGUUGAUCCAACUGCUCCGGCAGUUGAUGGCGGCGAUGGUCAUGCCGGACGCAUGUCAGGCGGUCAGCAGCGUCGUUUCUUCGGCGAUUCAUCGGGUCCACAAGAUUUGGGUGAAGCCUAUCGCCCGCUCAAUCAUGACGGUGGCCGCAAUCGCUUCAACAUCAUCGAUCAUGUUCAAGAGCAAAAGGAUAUGAAUGAAGCCGAAUCGAUAGAUGUAAAUGCAGCCAUUCACGGCAAUUGGACCAUUGAAAAUGCCAAAGAUCGUCUGAAUAUAUAUAAGCAAUCAAAUAAUAUUAGAGAUGACUACAAAUAUACGCCCGUGGGACCGGAUCACGCGAGGAGCUUCAUGGCGGAGCUAUCCAUAUUCGUGCCGGCUCUUAACCGCAAGGUAACAGCACGUGAAACGGGCUCCAAUAAGAAAUCGGCCAGCAAAUCGUGUGCCCUCUCGCUGGUGCGUCAGCUAUUCCAUCUAAAGGUAAUCGAGGCUUUUAGCGGCACACUCAAAAAGAAGAAGGAUGAACAGCUCAAGCCAUAUCCGGUUAAGUUGAGGCAAGAGCUGGUCGACGAGGUGGAUGAGGUCAUUAAGGAUUUGGAUUUGCCGGUGGUUAGUCCACGCAACAUCAAAGUGGACCCAGACGGAGCAACCAUGUCUCUAAUUGUGUCUCAGAAUCGCCUGGAUAUGAAUCAGGAGACGGAUGCACGUCAGGAGCACAUCGCUGUUAUACCCUGGACACCGCCGCAGUCCAAUUGGAAUGCCUGGCAUGCUUGCAACAUUGAUGAAGGUGAACUGGCCAAUGUCACCGUCGAUCAACUGUCCAUCGAAUAUGAGCGACAGCUACGCGAACGCCGUCAAAAUAAUACCGAAUACAGACAAUUCUUGGAAUUUCGUGAAAAGCUGCCAAUAGCAGCAAUGCGCUCAGAGAUCAUGACCGCCAUCAAUGAGAAUCCGGUGGUGAUUAUACGUGGCAAUACGGGCUGCGGCAAGACCACGCAGAUUGCCCAAUAUAUAUUGGAUGAUUAUAUUAGCACGGGUCAGGGUGGCUAUGCCAACAUCUAUGUCACCCAACCACGUCGCAUUUCGGCCAUAUCCGUGGCAGAGCGUGUGUCACGCGAACGUUGCGAACAGUUGGGCGAAACUGUGGGCUAUUCCGUGCGCUUUGAAUCCGUAUUUCCGCGUCCAUACGGCGCCAUACUCUUUUGCACCGUGGGCGUGCUAUUGCGCAAGCUGGAGGCAGGUUUGCGCGGCAUCUCGCACAUCAUUGUGGAUGAGAUACACGAGCGUGAUGUCAACAGCGACUUCCUGCUGGUCAUACUCAGAGAUAUGGUGGCCACCUAUCCGGAUUUACAUAUUAUUUUGAUGUCUGCUACCAUUGAUACAACGCUCUUUUCGAAAUACUUUGGCGAUUGCCCCGUGUUGGAGGUGCCUGGACGCGCUUUUCCUGUGCAGCAGUUCUUCUUGGAGGACAUCAUACAAAUGACCGGCUUUGUGCCGUCAGCUGAGUCGCGUCGCAAGCGCAAAGAGGCCGACGAUGAGGAACAGCUGUUGCUCAGGGACAACCAGGAGGACGGCGAACUGAAUUUAAAUAAGGUUUGCGAGGAAAAGUAUUCGGUGCAGACCCGCAAUGCCAUGGCCAUGCUAUCCGAGUCGGAUGUCAGCUUCGAGCUGCUCGAAUCCCUUUUGCUGCACAUCAAAUCCAAGAAUAUACCGGGUGCCAUACUUGUCUUUCUGCCCGGCUGGAAUUUGAUUUUCGCUCUGAUGAAGUUCCUGCAGAGCUCGCCGAAUUUUGGCAAUUCAGAAUAUCGCAUAUUGCCGUGUCACUCGCAGAUACCGCGCGAUGAUCAGCGCAAGGUCUUCGAACCUGUCCCGGAUGGCGUUACAAAGAUUAUACUGUCCACAAAUAUUGCCGAGACUUCGAUUACCAUCGAUGAUAUCGUCUUCGUAGUGGAUAUAUGCAAGGCGCGCAUGAAGCUCUUCACUUCGCACAACAAUCUGACCAGCUAUGCCACCGUGUGGGCCAGCAAAACGAAUCUGGAGCAGCGCAAGGGACGUGCUGGACGUGUGCGUCCAGGCUUUUGCUUCACCAUGUGCUCGCGUGCACGAUUUGCUCAACUGGAGGAGAACUUGACGCCCGAGAUGUUCCGCACGCCACUCCAUGAAAUCGCAUUGACUGUGAAGCUCUUGCGCUUGGGUGCAAUUCAUCAUUUUCUGUCCAAGGCACUGGAGCCGCCGCCCGUGGACGCUGUCAUCGAGGCUGAGGUGUUGCUACGUGAGAUGCGCUGCCUGGAUGCCGAUGAUCAGUUGACGCCGCUGGGUCGCCUGCUCGCACGUCUGCCCAUUGAGCCAAGGCUGGGCAAGAUGUUGGUGCUGGGCGCAGUAUUUGGCUGUGCUGAUCUGGUGGCCAGCAUGGCCUCCUAUUCCAGCACCUUCUCCGAGGUCUUUUCUCUAGACAUUGGCCAGCGACGUUUGGCUGCCCAUCAAAAAGCAUUGAGUGGACGCAAGUGUUCCGAUCACGUGGCCAUGAUCGUCGCCGCACAGAUGUGGCAGAGCGCCAAGAAUCGUGGGGAUAUCGAGGAGGCACGCUUCUGCGACUGGAAAGGUCUGCAAUUGUCCACGAUGAAUGUAAUGUUCGAUGCCAAGAUGCAAUUGCUCGACUUGCUGCUGCAGGCGGGCUUUCCAGAGGAGUGCAUGGUGCCCCAUAAGGUGGAUGCCAAUGCAGAUGAUCCCGAAUUGGAUAUAUCAUUGGCUCUACUCUGCUUGGGCCUCUAUCCGAACAUCUGUGUGCACAAGGAGAAGCGCAAGGUAUUGACCACCGAAUCGAAGGCGGCGCUGCUGCACAAGACCUCGGUGAACUGCAGCAACCUGGCGGUUACCUUUCCCUAUCCAUUCUUCGUCUUUGGCGAGAAAAUACGCACACGCGCUGUCUCCUGCAAGCAAAUGUCAAUGGUGUCUCCACUGCAGGUCAUGAUCUUUGGCUGUCGUAAGAUCGAUCUUGCGUCCAAUGGCCUGGUGCGUGUGGACAACUGGCUGAACUUUGACAUCGAUCCGGAACAUGCCGCGAAAAUCGGCGCCUUAAAGCCGGCGCUAGAGGAUCUGAUUACCAUUGCCUGCGAUAAUCCCGCUAGUGUGCUACAACUUUCUGAGCCGUACGCUCGCCUGGUGCGUGUCGUCCGGGAUCUCUGCGUACAAAAUGCUGGCGACUAUCAGCUGGUUCGCGAAUCGAGCGUAUUGCCUUAUAUGUCACGUGGCGGCGUUGAGAGCGGCCGCGGAGGUGGCGGCGGACCAGCUAAGCGUGGACGCUUUGACUGUGGAUCAAAUUAUGGCAAUAGCUCAGGCAGAAACGGAGGGGCAGGCGGAGGCGGGGGCGGAUGCGGAGCCCGCAGCUAUGGCAAUCGCACAGGUGGUUACAAUAAUGGAGGUGGCCAAUGCGGAGGUCGUUUUAACAACCGAGGACUCGGCGGAGCACGUUACUUUCAUGCAAACUACAAUAAUGUGGGAGGAGGAGGAGGUGGAGGGUUCAAUAAUGGCGGAGGCAGUGGAGGCAGUGGAGGCUUCAAUAAUGCUGGAGGAAGUGGAGGCUUCAAUAAUGGUGGCGGAGGUGGUCGCUAUAAUAAUGAAGACGUAGCUGGUGUUGACUACAAUAAUGAAGAUAGCAACUCCAAUAGUGGAGUAGGCGGAUAUAAUAACGAAGGGGGAAGCGGCGGCGGCAGCAGCUAUAACAUCAGAGGAGGUGGUGGCUACAACAGCGGCGGAGGUAAUCAGUUUAACAGUGGAGGAGGAGGAGAAAGCUAUAACCAAGGCGGAGUCAACAGUGGCUACAAUGAAGGAUUGGGCAACAGUGGCUACAAUCAAGGAUCGAGCAGCAGUGGCUACAAUCAAGGCGGAGUCAACAGUGGCUACAAUCAAGGAGCAGGCAACAGUGGCUACAAUCAAGGAUCAGACAACGGUUACAAUCAAGGAUCAGACAACGGUUACAAUCAAGGAUCAGACAACGGUUACAAUCAAGGAGCAGGCAGCAGUGGCUACAAUCAAGGAGCAGGUAACAGUGGCUACAAUCAAGGAGCAGGCAACAGUGGCUACAGCCAAGGAAGAAACAACUAUAAUAACAGAUCAAACAAUGGCUACAACAAUUUCCAAAGCGGUGAAGGCGGCAAUUGGGGCAGCUUUACCAAUCGUCGCUAUUGAAAUUAUGCUUAACGUUUAAAAACACCUUGUGCUACGUAUUAUAAUUAUUACUAUGUCUGAUUACAUUUAAAAUAAAUAAUAUAGCUACUAUUACGAAAUGUAUA